CAGUAUUUAUCUCAAAUGAAUAACGCCAUCCGUAACAAUGAAUGCAUUUUAAAGUCCUACACCGUGCAUUUAGUUAUGAUUGCAUUUAAUAUCGAGCGAUAUUGAAUGAUCCGUGAAGAAAUUUAAUAACCUUUGAAAAAUCGGGGGUAUGGAUUUUUUAAUGAGGAAUUAAAACACUCGCGACAUGUAAAGCCGAUUUGUUGUUUUAAAGCAUUUGAUAUUAGAAGUGAAAAAAAUAUGGCUACUAAAGGAUUAAGAAAUAUUAAGAUUAAUCUUUGAUGAAAGAGCCAUGUCGGAUUUAUGGUCUAGAAGGAAGAGGGGUCGGGGAAAAUUGGAACGUCCAAGGGUUAAUUCAUUUUACUUCAGUGAAAGAAAGGGAGCUAGUGAAGAGAAAAACAGCAGUGUGGAAUCGUUUUCUAACCAUUACGUCCUAUCCGGUCUAUUUUGGAGCGAAUAUUUUCCGAUUGCUAUAGACAUUGUUGGAACCCAUUUUCCCGUAGAUGUGGAAAUUUUCUACGUGGAUUCUAUGAGAAAUAUGCCAUAGUUUCCGGGCAUUUAAUCUAAUUAAAGCAAAGUUUUAUUUAACUUGGAAACAGGUGCUUUGUUAUUCAUAAUUACUUUCCGACAUUAGAAAUCUAAAUAGUCAAUGAAAGAUCUGGAGUUGCUCAUAAUGGACAUUUAUGUGUAUUCAAUUCAAAUUAAAGCGAUUUAACCGAGAGCGUCUCGAAGCUGUUGUAUGCACUAGCGAAACUUAGUUUGCUUUAUAAACAAACCAGGCGACUCGACAGUCUACACUGUUUAACCAGUUAGUUUAGAAUACUACAGCUACUUAAGUGUUUUGAACUUCGAUCUUUCUCAGGAGAUAGUAACCCAUCCUCGGUAUAAGAAGUACAUCUUAUCAAUAAAAAGGAAGAUAAAGAAGACUGCAGAGAUGUCCCGUAGGUAUUCUAACUAUCCACGAAGUGACGCCACUACCCCUGGAAAAAGAGUUCGGGGGUCAAUUGCAGGAGCCAGGUUUGCCCACGGUUUCAAGUCAGGAUCUGGUCCUAUAGCCGACCCCGGGGCAGCGCUGGAAAUUACCUCCAUAGGUGAUAGAUCAAACGACAUGCCGCGAAAAGCAUACCGGAUGGAAAAUACCUAUAAACUAGAACCGGAUGAGGAUAAAGUUUUCCGGGUGUGUGAUGUGGAGAAGCUUGCCGAAGCUGUGUUAGCGGAACAUUUAGCUAAGAUUGAGUAUGACCCCGUCAAAUGUCGGGACGUCAGUCAAACUGUGGCCGUGGAUAUUUUAGAUAGAGUUAAACAAAUGGGAUUUAAGCGUUAUAAAAUCGUCACAAACGUCAGUAUCGGCUCACUGAAGGAAAAACCAGGCAUGCAGUUCGGAAGUCGAUGUUUAUGGAAUAAAAACACGGACAAUUUCGUUAGUGUUAAAUAUUCCAACUCGUCCAUUUUUGCAGUGGCCAUGAUCUAUGGACUAUACUUUGAUUAAUGUAAGAAUUACGGACGUGUUAAGUGGUGCAUCUGUUUUGUGCAGUAUUUUGUUCUUUCACAGACUGUAUAGACAUACUGCCUCAGGUAUCUUGCCAAAGUUUUGAUAAAACUUUUGUG